AUGAGACCAAGCAACACACCUUAUGUACUCUGCUUAUCGUGUAUUGUGCUUUCCGGCUCCGUGAAUUCUCAGAAAAAUUGUUCUAAUGGCUGGUUUGGAUCUAAAUGUAACUACAAAUGUCGAUGUACCUAUGAUGCGUGUGACGAGCGUGGGGAGUGUACAACCCCGAAUAUUUGUCAGGCAGGAUGGUUCGGUCCUGGAUGUCAGUAUGCUGACCUAGCCUACAAUAGAACAGAUCAGCAAGAUGUGGCAGAUGGCAACGACGCUACAUGUCUUUCUGGCAACGUCCAAAAUAUAAAUGUAUUGCUGAACGAUACAAUAUAUUUUUCAUGGCUUAGGCUCAUCGUGUCAGCGACAGGAUCAGCUUACCUCAAGGACCUAUCAGUGAGGUUCCACAUCAGCAAUUCAGAAGUCACCUGCCCCGGCAUGCAGAAGGAAUUUGUGGGCAAAAUGACCCUGGACAUGCACUGUGAACUCCCCGACUUUAUAGACGAAGUGAGUUUGGAGGGCGAGGCGGCUAGCUAUGCCUGUUCAGUCUACGUCAGUGGAGGUCGUAAUGUGGCACUGAGGGAGAACACAACCCAGAGUUCUAAUCUCUCUCACGCGUCUGGAGGCACCACUAUCUUUUUCACGUCAGACCUAGCUGUGGACGGCAAUAGAGAAGCAAUAUUUUUUGACGGCAAGACAUGCACGCACACUGACUUAUUACAAACAACGCCCCAACUCACGUGGAGUCUGACACUGUCAAAGCCACGUCGGGUCAAUAGAUAUCUAAUUUUCAGCCGAGGUGGUG